AUGAAUAAUUAUAAUUAUCUUCUGAAAUUUAUUAUCGUUGGUGAUAUAUGUAUAUUGGAGUAAAUAUGAUAUAAUAGGCGUUGGUAAAAGUUGUCUUGUACUUUAAUUCACUGAUUCUAAAUUCCGAAAUGAACAUGAUGCAACAAUUGGUGUUGAAUUUGGAUCUAAAUAUACAACAAUAAAUGAUAAAAGAAUAAAGUUAUAGAUAUGGGAUACUUCUGGUUAAGAAGCAUUUAAAUCAAUAGUUCGGUCAUAUUACAGAGGGUUUGUAUUAGUAUACUAAAAAUAAUAGAUCAAUAGGAGGUAUUUUAGUAUUUGAUGUGACAUCAAGAUAAUCAUUUGAGAAUAUUACAAAAUGGAAUAAAGAGAUUUAAAGUUAUGCUUGUGAUAAAAUAGAAAUGACAUUAGUAGGAAAUAAAAUAGAUUUAAAUGAAAAGUGCAAUAAUAAUAAUAAUAUACAUAAGACGUUAAGUUUCAAGAGAUGAAGCAUAAGCAUUUGCUAAAAGAGAAGGAUUUACAUAUUUUGAGACUUCGGCAAAAACAGGAGAGAAUGUAAAUAAUGUAUUUGAAUAAAUGGCUAAAAUAAUUCUGAAAAGAAUAGAUUGUGGAGAUAUAGAUCCAUCUUAAGAUGUUUAAUUAGUCAUUUAAUUAUAUCUUUUAGCAAUAUGGAAUAAAAAUAGGAUCUGGGAAUAAAGAGUUGUAAAAUCGUUAAGAAGAAUAAGGCAAUAAAAAAAGUAUAAAUGGAUAGACAAUACAUUAAAGAAGUUAAAAGGUAUAAGGAAAAGAUGAUAAAGGUUGUUGUUGAUUUGAAUAAGAAAUAACUAGUAGUUAUUGAGGAG